AUGGUAAAAGAAAAAUUAUUGUUUAUAAUCUUAGUUGGCGUUCCGAUGAGUUGGAUAAUUUUAAUAAGUAGCAAUAAUAAAAAUAUAAAAUUUCGGACUAGUUUUCAUAUUUAUUGCGAAAUAUUAUCUGGAUUCUCUUCAUCUAACUCACUGAUUUCUGGCAAGUGUUGUAUUUGUGAUAUUUGCGACUUAUGGAGGGCGCUCAACCAGUUUGUUAAUUGUGCUACUGAAGGUUUAAUAGUUUUAAGGAUCAUUUUCAUUUCAAUCUUUAAAUCGGGAACAAUUAGUAUAAAACUAAAAAAUUUACUUCGAAACGUCAUCGAUUCACAUUCAGCAGAAAUUCAAACGGCAAAAUUACAACGACCUCACCAGUAUGAUGAUGAAGUUCAAUACUUUGACCAAAUGCACCCUCAAGAAGCUCCACAAUGGUCAUAUAUCGAGCAAGAGGAUUUUAUAUAUGAUACGGAAAUCGAUAGUAGAAAUGGUUUCGACAAAGAUGAAGACUAUGGUAAAGAAACGGAAGAGGUGUUAAUCGAUAGUCAAAAAAGUGCAGCCGGUGAUGAUUUAGCUGAAUGAAGCGGGACUAUCGAUUACAUUUAUUUUAAAAUUUU